AGUGUGUGCGUGUGUGAGAGAGCGUUAGCAAAUUGUUUGCUUUACUCAAGCUGAUUUUUAUUUUUUUUCAUUCUUUUCUUUUCUUUUUCUCUUAUGGGUUUUUUCUUUCAUGCCUCUGAACACGGUUUUUAGGUUUAGGGUAGUUGUUUAGUUUAUAUUGUGUGGUGUGUGCGUGUGUGAGGCAGUAUGGCGUCUCCCUCCAUGGGGGGAGCGUCGCCUAUCACUCUUCGAAAUGGUUUCAGGUGUGCCCCGGAGGCGAAUACCUCUAUUGAGGAUGUUCUCCUUGCUGUUGGAGCUAAGGAGACAAGUUUACAUGUUUUUGAGCUCCCCCACUAAAACACUCGAUGUGUCUUUUCGGGUAUCUCAUGGAGAGAGCUCGUACAUGGUGUAUGCUAGUACGGAGACUUUGCGUUGCUUUGAAUGCGGGGAUAUUGGACACAAACGGUUCACUUGCCCACACAAAGCACGCAAUACUGAAGAGAAAGGCCCAUCUGAAACAUCUGAUAGGCCGCAGAUUAUCACAGAAAGUGCACCGCAACAACCUGAAAAGGCAGAUACUAAUACUGAGGUAAGGCAAAAUGUUUCUGAAAAUAUUAUGAAAGAUGCUGAGAUUCCAAGUUGUAGUGAUGUUGGUAAGAGUGAUGUUUGUGUGGGUUUAGUGCAAGAAAAUGAGACAAAUGAUGGACAAGAUGAAGAAAUUGAUAAUUUGUCAGAAGCAACUGUAGAGAGUUGUAGAGAUGAUGAUUCCUGUGUUGAUUUUGAAGUGGCAAAUUGUGGAAGUGAUUUGUAUACAGUUGAGCAGAUUAAUGCUUUCUUGGACGAAACAAAGGGUAAAAGUGUUGAAAUUGGUAAGUUUUUUUCCAAAUUUGGAUAAAUUUGUGUUAUCCGUUAUGAAAGCAAGACAAGAGUGCAGCCUAGAAGUUUUAUCCCAGCAGAAAAGAAUUUAGAUUAAAAAAAUAUUUAACCACAAUUA